GCCCAGCCACAGACGCAUACAGACGUGAGGCCGCACUUAUCUUACUAUCCUCUAUUUACCCCACACGCAUCGCUAUUUCAUUCACGGUUCCUUGUUUCCAAUAGGCUUUCCCAAAACAUUCACAAAGACAUCAACUUCACGCUUUUUAUCAGUUCUAAGAACUUCUAGAUCAGCCCAAAAACUGUACUUGCUGAGUCAUACAAUUCACUUCACAGUAAACAUACAUAAAAGUACUCAUUAAAAGCCUUAUCAUUCUUAUAUCAACAUAAAGAGCAAUUAAUGAAGAUAUUGUAAACCUUAUGAUAGAAUUUCAUUAUUUGGUAAUGAGGUAACUAAUUGAUAUCUGUAAUUUAGGUUCUAAUUUGUGUUUUCUUCAAAGAAAACAUAAAAAUGUCUCUAAGUGUCAGAUUAAGUGACAAAUAAAAUGCAAUAGCCAUAUAAUACAUACUUUAUCAUGAACUAUGUUAUACAAUAACAUUAAUUUAAUGCUACAUUUUAUAUGGUGGUGUUGGAUUUUUGUUCCAAUUGCAUAACAGGUAAGAUUGAUCACAUUAAAUGAAUGUAUAUAAAUAUCGCUUUAGUUGCAAAUGUACCUAAUCGAUACUAACAAUAAUAAUUAUUCAAAUAAUUAUUUAAAAUUGUUUUAAUGCCAUAAUAAAAUGUUCUUGAUAAACUUCUUUGUGAUAUUGCGGUAGAAAAACAAAUGAUGAACUGUUGUGCUGAUAUAAUUCUUGCCGAACUGAUAGCGUUUUAGCUACGUAUAGCUGUGAUGACAUCAUUUAAAUGAUGGCAAAUAAAAAUGAUUCGCCAUUUUGAGAUGCGACAUUUGAAUUCAUUUAUAAUAAUUGCAGUUGUAAGUUAUUUAUGUUCGCGCAUCGCUAUAUAGAGUAAUGUCAGAUUGUGUUAUCAAGCUGACGAGUGACACUGCAGUAACACGUGUACGUUGUGUAACGCAGGAGUGUGGAAUAGUUUAUGUGACGCCGCGCAUAAGCAAUCAAUACCGAAACUUAAGUAAACCUUGUAAUUUAUUCGUUUUACAAUUGUAUUCAGGUAUGGACAAAAUAUAUAAUUGUGUCCAUGAUGUUGUCGUUUGUGAUUGUACCUACGAUAUCGGCUCUGUUUGCUACCAUCUAUGUAAAAACUGUUUGCUCGAGAACCAAAAACCACUGGCAGUCGUAAUUAUUUUUAAAACAAAAACCUACGUCAGGUUGACAUUGCGUGAACGGCAGGAAAACCAAAAAAUAUUGCUUUGACUCAGUUAUACAAACAUUUUGUUUAUAUAUGAUAUUUUUUUUACAAAAGCAGUUGUUUGUUGGUUCGUAGCUUUUAAAAUGUAAUAUUUUUGAUAUGUUUAGUCCCUCGAGUCAUUGACUUGAGAUGAGGGGCACCUUUACAUCGUAACUAAAGUGGUUAUUGCUCUGGACGAUUAGAAUACAAAGAGAUAAUAACACAUUUAAUUCAUAUCUUUGUUGUUUGAAAUAAAACAAAAAUAGCCACAACAAAAAAAUCUUUAUUGUGAAAUCGGGUGUUCUGUCAACAAUGGUGAUUUGUAGUCAAAAUGCACAACCUGAAGUCUACAAAAAAUCUGAAUAAUGGAAAAUGACCCUAGUAAAAAAGAGUCGAAGGGUAAGAGAAUAUUCAAAAAAGCAAUUCGUCGCAUUAGUAAAUCUAACAAUAGUAGCCAGAACUCUGCCUUAGAACAAGGUAUUGGAGUGACACGAUCCAAAAGCUUCGAGAAUAAACGUCUCUCCAUAGAGAUUAAUGACAGUGCACCGCUGCCGACGCCUGACGGCACCAAGGAAAAACCAGAUGCCAGCCAGAAGAUUAAGCUUGACGACCACGCGCAGAAUGAGUCCAAUCAGGAUCCAAUCAAAGUUGCGGCAAAAGUGGGCAUAAAAGAGCAUAAAGAGGCUCCUUCUGGAUCUAAUAAGGGCGUAAAAUUAUCUUCUCCGAAGCUCGAGAUUAAAAACCAGCGCCCUUCGGAUGCAGAGAGCGGAAAAAAGAACCUUAAAAGGAAAUUGGAAGAGGAGAGUGGAGCAGGCACAAGCGGAGCGAGCACUGGUGCGUCAGACACUGAUGCCGACGACAAGGAUCCUAGCAAGGACAAAAAGAAAAAGAAUAGAUGCGCCGUUUGCCGCAAGAAGGUUGGCCUCACAGGGUUCGAGUGCCGCUGCGGAGGGCUGUUCUGCGCCGUGCACCGGUACAGCGACAAGCACGAGUGCUCGUUCGACUACCGGGAGCUGGGCGCGCAGGAGAUCCGCCGCAACAACCCCGUGGUGGUGUCGCAGAAGAUACACAAGAUAUGAGCCCCUCCGCCUGUCCUAGGACUACACCCUCACCGCACCGCAUUACAUACGUUUUAUGAUUUUCUCUAAAUAAAUAUUCGAUCGAGUUUGUGUUUCUUAUUUGCAUUUUGUAUGUAUUUUCGACUGCAGGUCGACGACGUCGUGCCGUCGUUCGUUCUCUUUGUUUCGUUUAUUUUAUUUGACGAGAGCUCCUUUGCCUCGCGACUGACACCGUUAUUCGGACGAAUGCGACAGCGUAGGAAACACAGACUCGAUCUACUGUAUUUAGAUUUAUUUGUGGCGAGAGUUUUACUUU